AUGUUGGGGUUAGGUGUGUUUAAUAAAGGGGUUGAGUUGGUGUUUGAUUGGUUGUGGGUGAAUAUAGGGGGGUGGGGUAAGGAUGGGAUGGGGGUAGGUAGGGGUAAAGAGGGUUAUGGUGAAGUGGGGGGGAUAAUGGAGAGUAAUAUUUUGUAUUUAGUGGGGUUGGGGGGGGGGGGGGGGGGGGGGGGGGGGGGGGGGGAGAUGAGUGUUGUUGUGGGGUUGGGGUUGGUGUUGUGUUUUUUGGGUGGGUGGGUGUGUGUUGGGGGGUUUGGAGUUUGUUGUUGUGGGAGGAGGUGGUGUGGUAGUCUUGUGAUGGUGUGGUGUAUUUGGUUUUUGUGGUUGAUUUUUUGUUGGGUGGUGUGGAUGGGGUAUUGGUUGGGGGGGGGGGGGGGGUGGGGUAUUUGUUGUUUGGAGGGUUUUUGGGUGGUUUGGUUGUGGGUUGUGUUGGGGGGGGGGAUGUGGUGGGGUUUUUGGGGUUGGGUGGGAUGUGGGGAUAAUUUUAUAUUUGGUUGGUAUGGGUGGUGGGGGGGGGGGGGGGGGGGGGGGGGGGGGGGGGGGGGGGGGGUAGUAGGGUGUUGGGGUUGGUGGUUGCGUUGUGGGGGUUGUUGGGUGUGUUUUGGGGGGGGGGGGGGGUGUGGUUUGUGUUGGUGUAGUUGGGGGGGGUGUGGGGUAUGGGUUUGGAUGGUUUGUGGGUGUGUGGUGUGGGUGGUUGUAUUCUGUGUGGUGUGGGGGGGUUUUGGGUUUGUUGGAUGGGGUGAGGAGUUGUGUUGGGUGUGGGGGGUAGAGGGUAGGGGUGAGUGUGUGGUGGGGUGGUUGGUUGUGGGUGGGGGGGGGGGGAUUAAGGGGGGGGGGUUGGUUGGGGGGUGUGGGUGGGGUGGUAGGUUGGAAGGUAGGUUUAGUGUUGGGUGGUUGUGGGUUUGGGGGUUGGUGGUUUUGGGGUGUUUGUGUAUAGGUGGUGUUGUGGUGUGUGUUGGGUGGGGGGGUUAUGGUGGUUGUGAGUGGGGGGUUUUGUUUGGGGUUGGUGUGAGUGGUGUUGAUUGUGUUUGGGGGUGA